GAGCACGCGCGGGGCCGGGGAUCGGCGCGUGCAGCAUCAGCACCGGAGCAGCAGCGGCAGCGGGAGACGCGUCGGGCUGGGCUGCAGCGGGGGAUGCGACGCGAGCCCCGGGCUGAGCUGCCGGCCCCGAGCACUCCCCGCCGCCCCCAGCAUGGACACCCGCCUGCUCUGCCUCCUCCUCGCCGCCUGCGCGGCCGUCCUGCCGCUGGACCGCCACCGCUGCCCGCCCCAGCACUGUUACGAUGAGCUGGUCGCUCCCCUUUACUCCUCAUCCAUCGGUGCCUCCUCCCGCUACAGCAUCUUCUACUCGUCCAGCUUCGCCCGGCUGCACAGCAGCAGUGGCUGGUCUCCAGACCCCAGCGACAAGCAGCCCUGGCUCCAGAUCGACCUGAUGCAGAAGCACAAGAUCAAUGCGGUGGCCACGCAGGGGACGUACAACACGUAUGACUGGGUGACGCGUUACAUCGUGCUGUACGGGGACCACCCCAGCAGCUGGAAGCCCUUCUUCCAGCUAGGGAGUAACUGGACGUUCUUUGGGAACGUGAACGAGAGCGGGGUGGUGCGCCACGACCUGCACUACCCCAUCCUGGCUCGCUACAUCCGCAUCAUCCCCCGGGCCUGGAACCCGCGAGGCAAGAUCGGCCUGCGCCUGGGCCUCUACGGCUGCCCCUACCGGUCUGAUGUGCUGUACUUCGACGGGGACGAUGCCAUUUCCUACCGCUUCCGCGGCAAAACCGUCCGCACUGCCCGGGACGUGUUUGCCUUCAACUUCAAGACGAUGGAGCGGGAGGGGCUGCUGAUGCACGGCGAGGGCUCCCAGGGGGACUACAUCACCGUGGAGCUGAAACAAGCCCAGUUGGUGCUACACAUCAGCUUAGGCAGCAGCCCGAUGUACUCCAGUCAGGGACACACCACGGUGACAGUGGGCAGCCUCCUUGAUGAUCAGCAUUGGCACCAGCUGCGCAUUGACCGCCACGGUCAUCAGGUCAACCUGAGCCUGGAUGGGGAGGUCAGACGCUUCCGCUGCAACGGGGAUUUCCAGCACCUGGACCUGGACACCGAGCUGUUCUUCGGCGGCGUGAUCAGUCAAAAGAAUCGGAGCCUGGUCUAUCGACAGAACUUCCGGGGAUGCAUGGAGAACAUCUUCUUCAACAGGGUCAACAUCAUUGACCUGGUCCGCAGGAGAGCGUCCAACAUCCGCUUCGAGGUGUGGGGAACCCCAGGGAAAGGGAGUGGGGGUUCCUGGGGCGCAGGGGGAGUGCACAUGGGGUCCCUUUGGCCUUGGCAGAUCUGUCCCAGGCACGUUGUGUGGCAGGCAGCUCUGGCUGUCAGCGACCCGAGCCCGGCGUGGGGCUAGGAUUGAAGCUGGCUACGGGCCAGGAACCGGCUGCUCCAGCGCUCACUCAUCCAGCCCCAGAUCGAUAGCGCGAGGUCGUCCUGGGCCCGGGGCCAUCAGCUGCUGUCACCAGGCGAUGGGUGCGAGCUCAGAGCCGGGGCCUCGGCUGCGGCUGCCUCAUGGGUUUGGCUCUGGCGGCUUCAGGCUGGAGUUGAGCAGAGCUCUCUCUGCCUGGUUUGGAUCUAGAGCUCACAGGAACGCAUGACACCAGCGGCAAGUAACACAGACAGUCACAGGAACAAGGUCCACUCUCUCUUAUCAGUGUGAUUAAAGGUACUAACACAGUGAGGAGGGUCCCACAACUAGAUCCAUCCAGGCACCAGGGAUAGCUACAGCCACUCACAUCCUCCUGACAAUGUUAGGGGCUGAUGGGUCUCCUGGAUUGAUCAGCAGGAGAGGGAUGGUUCCUGCUGGAUCCUCCCAUAGGAAGCUCCUUUUUCCCCGCUCUGGGCACCUCCUUUUUGUAACGUGAUUCUGCCUAUACCUACAUUCUGCGCAUGUACAUGAAAGUGUCACCCCUCUUUUUCCUUAUCGGUCUGGUGUCCCUUAGACACUGAAGGCCCUCCGAUUUCUAUAUUCAUUAUCACUGACGCACAACUUGUAUCCUGUGGAUAAGACACGUUAGAGACAGAUGUGCCUCUACACCAUUUUUGUGAUUUAAAGUUAAUCUUCCAGCUAUUUUUUUUCAAUAUUACCCCUUGGAAUCUCUUUGCCCAUAAUCUUAGGGCAUCGGGUUAUUCUUCGCUCACUUACUUCGGUCAGCGUUUCUGAGCUCCAAGGCCUAAAAUAGCUAAGCUAAAACCUUGCAGGCCUCAGCCUAAGGCUGAAAUGCAAGACCUUUUCUUACUUAGCUUUCUAAAUACUGAUCACUCUUAUACUUCUAUCAUCCUACAACUGAACCCUCUUUAACAUACAUGAUUAUCUAGCACAUGACAUGGUGUUAAUCAGAACAUCACACAAUAAAUGAAUAAUAAA